AUGUAUAUCUCAUCAUUGUAAUUCUACAAGCACUUGAACAGUGGGUGUGUGGACAUAGUUUGUCUGUCAACAGGGGCAGAGUGGGACCAGAAAUCUGCUCUGGCAUUUCUAACAUACCGGCCCAUUUCUUUCCUUGAAGCCCCCUCAACAGACAAUUUUUUCCCUCAAGGCCCCCACACUGGCCCAUUUUAUUCCUUGAGGCCCCCAUUACUAACCAGAUAAUUAAAAUUUUAGACAGGCCCACUAAGAUAAAAAUGGACCAGCCCAUAUGACAUUUGCCCGAAAAGCCAGAUGGCCAGUCAACCCCUGUUUGUCAACAUCUAGUCUUGGAAAUCCCAGACCUUAUGGGAAACAGCACUAUGUAGGCCUAUGCAUGUAUGCAGCACUGUGCAUGUCAGAAUAUUGUUAAUGUGGGAGGCAACCCGUCUUCCUAGGAAGACUAGUCAACAUCCAGUAUUUUCUGUACCCGCACCCCAAAUGUAGUGCAUUUGGUAAAUUUCCUGGUGACACUAUAAUUUGUAUUUGUAUUUAAUCUUUAUGUAACCAGGAAGAAACCCAUUGAGACACAGGGUUUAUUUUGCAAGGGAGACCUGGCCAAGAAAGCAGCAGCAGUCAAUAAACAUACAAGUGACUUUUCAUAGCAGGUUAGGAAUGCAUUUUUGCUAACCCUAACCCUAUAACACUUUUCCUAACCUUUACCUAAUUCUCAUAACCUGCUACGUUAAUUAUCCUAACCUGCUGCAUAAGUUCUGCUAACCUGCUCCGAAAAAGUCGUAGCUGUAUCGAAGUGGCGUGUUUUUAGGGAAUCUCGGUUGUUUUGACAGUGCCGAAGGUGGAACUGUGUUAGAGCUGUCAAAUCCACAAGCGGCUCCUGGCAUUAGGUCUAUACCUAAAGCGGACAUUGCCUUUGGCUGCAUGGAGUCAAAUUAAGAGAAAUCCCAUUCAACCUUGUUUACAAGUUUCAACACUUGAAUGUGAGAUGUAAUGUAAUCUACACCUCGAUUAGGCUGACAGAAAUCCUAAUUAUUUCGUUAAACUAUUUUCAAUUUGAGCGUCAUUAUUUAUAGCCUACACGUUCUCGUGAAUGGGACGGGUGUGGCUUUCUGUGACAAUGAUCAAGAGCAGCCGCUCACCGAUUUGACAGCUCCAACGCAGUUAGGUUACACAAACUUCCGACACCGCCAAAAUGUCAGCUAUGUAGCUGUCGACUAUUGCCGGUUAACACUUGAUCUGACUGAAUCUAGGCCUAAGGGGCACAAGUACAUCUAGGUGAAGCGUAUUUUGCAGACUGUUCCAUGCUUCCGGUGCCCAAUAGGAAAAGGCAGUCUUUCCUCACUCUGUAACAGCCCUCGGGACUUUUAGUAGCAACCACCUAGUAGACUGUGUCUAGUAAUUACUAGUUGUGAAGGAGAGCAGGCUACCAAGGUAGAGGGGGAGUUUAGUUUACCCAGAAGGGUUUUGUAGAUGAACCACAGAGAAUGAUAGAGUCCUUAGUGGCCAAAAGGCUAUUUUAGCAUGGGCAGCACCAUUGAGGGCUUCACACCAUGCUUCCGCUAUUUUAAAGUAGUCAACAUAGUCAACUGGGUGGGGAUUCCUAUUGGUUGUAGCCUCAAUGGCACUACCCAUGCUGUCACAGACGCUAUAAUAGCACAGAUAUAAAGAUGAGUCCUCUAUUGAUCUCUAUGAGAUGAACCACCAUUUGAUGCAAGGUGCAAUGGUAGGUUAGCAUUUAUAACAAAACGCAAAUAUACAUGAUAAACAGUCUCUUUAACACAGAAGAGGCUGCAUGCAUAUACAAUAAGUCACCAUAAUCAAUUACAGAAAGAAAAGUGUCUUGAACAAGCUUCUUUCUAGCCUCAAACGGGAAACCUUGUUACGCAAAUAAAAACCCAACUAUAAGCACCUUUCUGAAAUUGCUCUAUGGCAUUGGCAUUGUUAAGUAAAAAAGGUUAUCUAUUUUCCUUGAUGGUUUUUCCAGUUGUUUGAGAAAUUGCUCAUUCACUUUGUGCAAAGCAUGUCUUGAUGAAUGUCCAGAACUGUUGGCUUGUUCCACUUAUUUUCACCAGACAUGACACAGUUUGAUGAGUUUCCACCCUAUUGCCUUGCAUUUCCAUUACUGCAGUCCAAUGAUGCAAUUGAGAAAACUACUACCUAAUACUGAUUUUACACUUGAUCUCAUUUUAGUUGGAAUUUCAUUAUUGUCACACCCCUGCCUAACCCCCGAAGUACGUAAUUGUCCAAAGGUUGAAAUGAUUUGAAUCAAUGGUACUCUUCUACAUCAUAGAGAUAGAUUGUAUUGUUUUUAUGGUUUACAUUUUCAAUGGUAAUUUCAAAAUGUCAUUAUGAUAGCACAAUACUGAAUUAAUGAAGAUCUUGUGUUUUUAUGGACAAAUAUGAAUGACCCAAGCAAAUUUCUUUAUUUCAAAUUGAAUACUAUUUUCCUCAGUAAUGACUGUCUCAGUCAUCUUAUGCUUGUCAUACUGUAGGAAGCACGUUGUUCAACAAUUUUUCUGCAGACAUAUUUUGGGAAUGCAACUGCAACUGAGUUUUUCCACUUUACUAGUGAAAUAGUAAUUGAAAUGAUUAGCAAUAUCGAAAGGUUUUGUUAUAAAUUACCCAUACAUUUCAAUGAACGAUGGACAUUAAUUGGGUUUGACAUAAUUUAUGGUACUCCAAAGUAUUUUUCCAAUGUGUGUUAUGUUAUUUAUCUUGGUUUGGUAAUAUAAUUUCUUAUUUUUGUUAAGUUCAGUCACAAAAUGUCUCAAUUUACAGUAUGUCAACCAAUCAGCUGAGCAGAGGUUAAUACUGUGUCAUCUAAAAUAGUUGUUCUUUGUACGGGGACAGUAAACACAUCAGUGUGUCAUACACAUGUAUUUAUGGCUCAUUUUAAAAUAAAGUAUUGUUUUUUCUCAUUACAGAGCAACAAAGAUGGGAAGGUCUUCUUGUUUGCGUGAGGCAACAGCUUUACUUGUGAUAGGCAUUCUGUGCUUGGUCAUAAUUUUUAGUAAAGAGGACAUUCCUCCUGAUGAUCCCUCUAACCAUGUCCACAUAAACAGAAUGGAAUCAACCUAUCAAAACAGACCUCAGAAACCAACCAGUGAGAGCGCAGGUGUUUUCACCUGGGGCCAUUGUGAACGGAAUGAGUCUGCGGCCAAUGUGUCAGGGUUUUCCUCUCUGCCUGGUCACAUCCAAGACUUCCUCUUCUAUCGUCACUGCCGCCACUUCCCGAUGCUGCUGGAUGUACCUGAUAAAUGUGGAGGCCCUCACAAGUCUGCUGAUGUCUUCCUUCUGCUUGUCAUAAAAAGCUCACCUGUGAAUUACGACCGCCGUGAGGUACUACGGAAAACCUGGGCCAAGGAGAGACUGCAAAAUGGAAUGUGGAUCCGCAGGAUAUUUCUCUCUGGAACAACAGGCACAAGCUUUGAGAAGCGCAAACUAAACAAGCUUCUACGACUGGAGAACCGUGAGCAUAAUGAUAUCUUGCAGUGGGACUUCAACGACUCCUUCUUCAACCUCACCCUGAAGCAAAUCUUGUUCUUAGAGUGGAUGGAUAAGAACUGCCGCCAGGCCAGAUUUAUCUUCAACGGUGACGAUGAUAUCUUUGCCAACACAGAUAACAUGGUGGACUACCUUCACAGCCAGAAAAACAAAGAUGGUGACAAGCACCUUUUUGCAGGUCAUCUAAUCCGCUAUGUAGGACCCAUUAGAGAGACAGGGAGCAAAUACUAUGUCCCAGUCCAGGUUCAAGAGUCAGACUCAUAUCCCCCUUACUGUGGUGGAGGGGGCUUCCUGCUCUCUGGAUACACAGCUAUAGUCAUUUACAAAAUGUCCCAUACCAUUCCCAUUUUGCCAAUUGACGAUGUCUACAUGGGAAUGUGUUUGGAAAAGGCUGGUCUUAGGCCAGAGUCCCAUUUUGGUGUCAGAACUGCUGGACUGCAAGUCCCCUCCCAGAAAGUGGAUGCUUACAACCCUUGUUAUUACAGGGAAAUCAUUUUAGUACACAGAUUUCUGCCCCAUCAGAUAUAUAUUAUGUGGCAUGGAAUCCAUGAACCUAACUUGAAAUGUGGGAAUUUGCAAGGUUCACUAUAACCCUUGAAAUCAGUUGCCUGCUCAGGUUUAUUUUUCCAGUCUUUUUUGAUAAGCUAAUACUGAGGUGUGAUCUCUCAAAGCAGGUUUUAUUCCUGCUGUAUUCCUGCAGCUGUUUGGACAAUGCCGGAUCUAUUGACAUAUGCCAGGUUACUGUGAAAUUUGACAGCUGGCAUUGUUAUUAAUGUAAAUGAUUGACAACACAUUAUUGAUUUAUAAUUUUCCCCAAAAAAGGGGUAGACGUGUAUACCUGUCACGAUGCAUCCCUUUUAUUUAUUAUACUUUAAAGGGCAAUUGAUGUCCAUUUUGUUUCACUCUUUCUUUCCACUGCCGUCUGCUUUUUUGUUUUUGACCUUUUAUCUGAACACUUUGCCUAGUGUAAACCACAGUGCCUCUGGAAGACCUCACCACCCACUAAGCUCAGAACAAAUCUGAAGAUCAGAUAGCAAACUGUUGUGGUUGACUGCAAAAUAGCAAUAUGUUAGACAGGGCAUUCUUUGUCUUUAGGCAGUCUCUGUUUGUUCUUUGUAAAUGUUUUCUUGAAAAUGUUCUCUUUUUAAAUGAAUAAUCAGAGGAUGAAUACCUGUGUGUCUUUCUGGGAAUCUAAUGCUGACUGCAUGUUUAUAGAAUAUCAUUUUAUAUCCAUUUGUGUAACAAUGUUGUUGCAAAUUGCAUGUGUGAUUUAUUUAUUUUUAAUCACACACUCACAC